ACCUAAUCGUGAAGGGAUUGAAUUUUAGCAGAACUAAAUAUGUAAAUCUAUAAUAUUACAUAAGGCUCUCAUUAUUUCUUUGCGUUAUUCCAGACUAUCCCCUCUAUGAUUGGUUCGAACUUCUCUUCUACUCCACUUAUCCAUGGUUUUCUCUUCAUGCGAUAUCCAUCGUGAUUGUAAUAUGUCUCUGGUAGGUACCUAACUGAGUUCGUAUCUUAUCUUUAACCAAAACAUUGGAAUAUACCGCACUUGUUUUAAAGGUAUCUACGAUCCAUAUUCAAGUACCUUUUCAUCUCUAGUUACCUAUGGAGCUACCGGUAACAUGGACGCUCCAUAAUUCGGGAGGCUUCGUUCUUGUCGGUCGGUGUGCGGGACUAGAGUUGAGCCACGAUAACACUGCUUUGCGGGAGGACUUAAAGGUUGCAGCAAUUGAUUUGAACAAGACUCUCAUCAUGUCGAAGUCGGGAACGCUGCACGGAAAUGACGAGACCGAUUGGCGGUGGUGGGACGAUAGCAUACCCGCCAAGUUACAGGCCCUUGCACUCAAGAAAUACACAAUCAUAAUUACUUCAAACCAAGGGCGGUUGACUGAAUUCGAUGGCAGUGAAGCGCCUGAGGCUGCUCCUUUCAAAAGGAAGAUGGAGUUCAUUAUGCGCGAUUUGAAGAUACCGGUCACUUUGCUCGUGGCAUGUGCGAAUGACAUCUACCGAAAGCCUAGACCGGGAUUAUGGUCGAUCAUCCCCAAGGUAACAGGAAACGAAGGAUGUGUCAUAGACAAGGCUCAGUCCUUCGUCGUCGGAGAUGCCGCUGGUCGCGAAAAUGACUUCUCAGACUCGGAUGUGCACUGGGCGAUGAAUGCCGGAGUCCCUUUUUAUACCCCUGAAGUAUUCUUUUUAGGUAAGGACCCGGAGCCUCUAGGCCAUAAGUUUCACCCCGAGUGGUAUCUUAAUACCAAUAAGGAGGAAGAAGAUUUGGUCAACAUGGUACACUUCUCGUCUCUUUCAAUGAUCAUCCUCAUUGGCCUUCCUGGUGCAGGAAAAUCUACGUUUUAUCGCCGCGUCCUCCAAGAUCGGGGAUUCACAAGACGAGAUGCACGGUCAUAUGAUUCUAGAGAAUCUUUUGUCCACGCAGUCGAUGAAGCGAUGACGCAAGGAAUUCCGGUUGUAAUCGAUGAUUUGAAUAUCGAUAUUGAAUCUCGAACUACUUGGAUAUCAAUGGCUGCUAAACACGGGAUUUCAGCUGAUGCAUUUUGUUUCAUGUCGCCGACUAAUUUAUGUCUUCACAAUGACACGGUUCGAGCACUUGGUGGGCCCUUGAUGAACCUAGAGAAUCGGCUUGUGUAUCCACGGUUACAUUUUCUCGACCUUUUGCCUCGUUUCCAAAAACCAACUACCUGUGAAGGCUUUCGUGCUGUUCACGAGAUUAAUUUCAGAUGGAGCGGCACCGAAGAAGAGCGUGAUAUAUGGAGACGAUUUUGGCUGUGAUUUCUUGUAGUGGAAAUAAAUUUCUUUUAUCUUCCUCGCGUCCAUUGCUCUUGUUGAAUUCUAUUGCCAGGAUAUUGGAUACCGAUACCGCUGGAGGAGAUAUUAAGCUGCCAACCUAACAUUGUAAGCUUAGAAUUUAAUGGUAGGGGCGUGCUGUAAUUGCAGCGCGCGUAGCGCUUAUGUCCACCAAAAUGUGAGUUUUCCAUUCCUCCAGGGCUUUUGCAAGGUUCAUUUCCAGGGUUUGCUAGAGGGAGGUAUCCACUGUAACUAGACGCAUUCAUUAGGGGGAAUCGGUGUCCUAGACCUGGAAUGAAAAUCAAAAAGUGAAUUUAAAUCCAUAGAGCAG